AUGCUUCUAAGGGGGCAUUGGAGGGGAAGAGGUCGCGGAGGCAGGGAUUCGCACCACCAUCAUGGAGGUGGUAACCACCACGGCGGAAAUCGCAAUGCAGGUGGUUACAGACGUUCGCACGGCCAUGGAGGAGGAUCCGGCGCACCCGGAGGCUCCGGCGACAAAUCGGGCGGUGGGGGUAGAGGCGGUGCUGCCGGCAAAGGCGGCGCGGUCGCCGCCGCCAAAUCCGGCGGCGCUGCUGGUGCUGCUGCUGCGGCAGCUCCCCCUGCUGGAGCUGCUUCGGCGGAAGCCAACGCCGCCGCCGGGGCGGCUGGAGCUUCUGGCACAGCAGAAGGCGCGGGGAAGGCCGGGGAUGGCGGAGAUGGCGGAAGCGCGUCGGCUGGCGCAGCGGGUCAGAAAGCCGGAAGUGAUUCCAACGAGGGGAAAGGCGCAAGCGGAGGGGGCACAGGGGGGAAUGCGCAUGGGCACGGGCACGGACAUGCGCACGGGCAUGGGCAUGGGCAUGGGCACGGGCAUGGAGCGGCUGGCAAGGGCUCGGUUUGGCAGGUUAAGGGGAAGCCUGGAAAAGGGGUAUGGGCGCAGGUGGUUAAGAGUGAGCCAGGCAAGGCUCGGACGCACCCCGGGCCGGAUGAGGGGUUAGCGUCGCUCGUGCGAGGUUCGGACGCAGCUGGAGAGGCGCCGGCGAGUGCCGAGCCUGCGAAGCAGGCUGGGGGAAAGGCUGGCGGAGCGGAUGCCAAGCCGGGAUCGGAAUCAGCGAAACAGGGCGGGGGGAGGGGUGGGAAUGCAGGUUCGGGUGGACAGAAGGGUGGUGGAGGGAAGGGAGGCAAGGGCGGCAAGGCAUGGCAUAAGGAUAAGGACAAAAAGGAGGAGAAGAAGGAGGAGAAGAGAGACGAGAAGGAGGAUUCUGAGAAGUAUAAGGAAAAGGAGAAAGGGAGUGAGGACAAGGAGAGUGCUAGUGGCGGUGCGAAGGAAGGGGGGGAGGGCAAGGGCUCGAAAGGCGGGGGACACGGAAAGAAGGACGGGAAGUCGGAUCAGAAGGAGGGGAAGGAUCAGAAAGAGGGGAAAGAGCCUAAGGAGCACAAGCCGCCGAAGCAGGCGUGGCGCAAGCACAACAGGGACGGCGAGAAGGGCGGGGCGGCGGCUUCCGCGGCGGUGGUGAUGGGCGCAGGCGCGACGGCGUGGCCUGCGCUCUCCGAGGCGGACGCUGCUGCUGCGCGCGCGGCGGAAAACGGCAAGGGCGCGGGCGGGGAUGAUAAGGCGAAGCCUGCUGCUGGUCUCGCUAUAAUCGCAAACGAAGGCGACAAACCUUCUGCUGCCACAUCAGACAAGCAGAGCGGCGCAGCGGCGGUUACAGCAGCAGACGCAGCCAGAAAGGCUGGUGCUGCUGACGUGGCAGUUGUGAGCGGGCAGAAGCAGCACGGGCAGGGGGGGCAUGGGGGGAUGGGCGGGGGCGGGCGCGGGGGGCACAUGCGCGGGCAGGGGAGGGUGGUGGUGGGGGCGGACGAUCCCCCCCUGACGGAGUUCGUUGCUGCUGGGCCCAGGAGGUCCGCUGCUGCCAUGGCCAAUGGCAUGGGCGGCAGCUAUGGCUACCCCAUGGUGGUGGGAGGUGAGCAUUGGAGGAAGAUGUGGGCAUCCCAUGGAGCUGGGGAAAGGAGGUCCACUGCUGCCAUGGCCAAUGGCAUGGGCGGCAGCUAUGGCUACCCCAUGGUGGUGGGAGGUGAGCAUUGGAGGAAGAUGUGGGCAUCCCAUGGAGCUGGGGAAAGGAGGUCCACUGCUGCCAUGGCCAAUGGCAUGGGCGGCAGCUAUGGCUACCCCAUGGUGGUGGGAGGUGAGCAUUGGAGGAAGAUGUGGGCAUCCCAUGGAGCUGGGGAAAGGAGGUCCACUGCUGCCAUGGCCAAUGGCAUGGGCGGCAGCUAUGGCUACCCCAUGGUGGUGGGAGGUGAGCAUUGGAGGAAGAUGUGGGCAUCCCAUGGAGCUGGGGAAAGGAGGUCCACUGCUGCCAUGGCCAAUGGCAUGGGCGGCAGCUAUGGCUACCCCAUGGUGGUGGGAGGUGAGCAUUGGAGGAAGAUGUGGGCAUCCCAUGGAGCUGGGGAAAGGAGGUCCACUGCUGCCAUGGCCAAUGGCAUGGGCGGCAGCUAUGGCUACCCCAUGGUGGUGGGAGCCAACGGCCCCUACUACAUGCCAUACCGCAUGCCGCCUGUCCCAGUUGACCCCAUGUCGGGCCUCCGCACUGCUCUCACGAAGCAGAUUGAGUACUACUUCAGCAUUGAGAAUCUGUGUCGCGACCUCUUCCUUCGAUCUAAGAUGGACGCCGAGGGGUUUAUUCACGUGGACGUUAUUGCGGCCUUCAACAGGGUCCGCAUGCUCACACUCGACAAGGCAUUUAUUCUCAGCUGCCUUGCCAACUCCACUUCUGUUGAAGUGCAGGGUGAGAAGCUGAGGAGACGCAAUGACUGGAGCAACUGGCUGCUGCCCACAGGGCAUAUGGAGGCUGUCAGGCGCCCGGGCCAGGGCAGUGCGUUCCAGCAGCAGCAGCGGGGUGGUGGGGUGAGGCGCAGCCAGGGCAGGGAGGACGGGGCGAGUGGGAGCAGCUACGAGGGCGGGUCUUCCCUGGGUCCCAACUAUCGCGCCAGCAGGCUGUCUGCUGAGAGGGGCGAGCAGUCAGGGACGGACGGGGAGGGGCCGGGCAGGUUCCACGUGGGCAGUCACGGCAGCAACGGCAGCCCGGACAACUUCAGCUCGCACGUUGCCCGCGGCCCCAGGGCCCGUCACCCGCAGCAGCAGCGCGCCUCCUGGACCCCUGGGAUCGCCCACAUGACCGCAGCAGCAGCUGCUGCCGCCGCCGCCGCAGGAGGAGCAGCAGGAGCGGUGGGAGGGGUGGGAGCGGUGGGGGUGGGGUCAGGGAGGGCGCAGCCUGUGCCUGUGUGGCGGCCGGGGCUGGGAGGGCUGCCUGCGAAUGCGGUGGAGCUGGGGGGCAGCAGUUGGAGGAGCACCAGCAGCUUCGGGUCGCCACAGCUCAUGGCCUUCUAUUUUGGAGCCACUCCUCCCGGCUCAUACAGUAGCUCGGCUGCCUCCUCCCUCUCUAGCUCCUGGGGCAUGCCUGCUGGGCUGGCCAUGCUUCACCAGCAGCAGCAGCAGGCGGAGAAGAAGGAGAAGGAGAAGGAGGAGGAGGAAGCGGUGAAACAGGCAGCAGGGGACGCAAAGGAAGGCGAGAAGAAAGACGGGGAGAAAGAGGCAGAAGCAGGGAAGGAAGGGGUGAAAGAGAAGGACCAGAAACAGCAGGAGCAGAAGCAGAGCCGGGGGGGCAAGGGGGGAGGACUCCUGAGCCCACCCAAGGGUGUCACCCCUCUCCCCUUCGCCCCUGGGUCUGCCCCUACGGGCAGUAUGAUGCAUAUGGCGGCAGCGGGAGGGCGGCACAGGGACAGGGGGAGGGGAGUGGUGGGUUCGGUGGGGAAGGGGGGAGCGGGGUUGCUGUCGGCUAGUCUGGGAUCGGGAGGGCAGCAGCACCAGCAUGUUAGCCACGCGUUGUUGGAAGAGAAUGGAUUUAAGCAGCAGAAGUACUCCUCUUUCUACAAGAGGUGUCUCAAGGAGCGCAAGAAGCUGGGCAGCGGUCGCUCUGAGGAGAUGAACACGCUGUUCCGUUUCUGGUGCUACUUCCUGCGCAAGAACUUUAACCAGCAGAUGUACGACGACUUCAAGAGGCUCGCCACUGAGGAUGCAGCUUCCAAGUACUAUUAUGGCAUGGAGUGCCUCUUCCGCUUCUACAG